GGCUCCGGCCGGGAGGAGCUGCGAGGGCGCCGAGAUGGGCUCCGCGCCGGCUUCUGCUCCGCGCCGACCGGGGCUGGGGUCACCGCGCUGCGCCGGCGCUGCUCGCUCGCUCCGCCGCCCGGUCGCUGCUCUCCGCCUGCCGCCCGGCCGCUCGCUCUCCCGGGCGCCAGCCGCCGCUCGCUUUUUUAAUGUCCACAGACAGUGAAAAGGAACUCGGCGUUAGGGGGGCCCCGCGCCGCCGGCCGGCCGCAAAAGCCGGUGCGGAACUCGGGGAGGAGCGGAGCGCCGCGCCACCGCCACUGCCGCCACCGCCGCCGCCGCCGCCAGCGCUCAGCCCCGCUCGCCUAGCGCUCUCUGCGCUCUCGCCUCUCCCUCUGUCUCUUUUCGCCUCUCUUUCUCUCCCUCGCCUUUCCUUUCCCUUUCCCUCUUUUGCUCCCUUUCUUCCCAGCUCCUCGGUCUGGGCGCUCUCCAUGCUUUUACCCCUCUAUGGCUCUGAUGGGGCUUCACGCGUCACCCACUCCCACUCACCUUCUCUCUCCUACCUCCACUACUCCCUGGCCGCUCCCCCCACCAACCGCGACCCCACCCCCACCCGCUCCAGCAAGUUUGGAGCAGGAGAGAAAUGCUGAGGAUUACAUUGGAGAGGGGGCUAAAAUCACCUGUCUCACCGGAGUGUCCCCCGCUUUGCUCUCAAGCCCCCGACUGGAGUGCGUUUGGGGCCGCGAAAGCUGUCAGGUACCCGAACUGGGGCUGAGCGAGUUGCUAACGAGAUUGCCAAAGACUUCCGUUGGAGGAGGCUUUGGGAUUGCUCCUAAAGCCAGGGAGCUGGCGGGUGGGGCGAGCAGAGGAACUCCCCCCCGCCCCCGCCAAGGGCAAUGUUGGGGUAGGCUAGAGCGCUGGGUAGAAGCUGUGCGCACGGUCUGUCCCCGGCACCGUGCGCGGUCCAAAAGCGCUUGGAUUCCCCGAGGCCCGGCGGGAAGCGUCCCGGGCCCAAUGUGUGCGGGCGGGGUGGGGGCCGCGGGAUCCCGGCCCAGGGCUGUGCACUGU